AUGUCCCGUGGUGUGACUUCAUCACCCAGCGCCCUGGCAUCCAGUGUGACAUCAUCAUUCCCCUCCCAUCUCUCAGAGGAACUUCAACCACAACCACAACUACAACACAGCCAAUCACAGAGAGCCCAACCACGACAACAACACGCAGUAACCACCACCACCACCACUGCUCCAGCCUCCAGGAGGACACUGUCACCUCCAAUCCCAAAGACCAAACCCAGAGGGACGACCACCCUGUUCCCCUUCACCACCACGGAGGCUCCACCCUGGCAGUGCAACGUCACAGAGAAGAUCUGGGUUAAAACAAUUCUCACCAUCCAUGUGAGAAGGAACCGCCUGGACAGCAUCCAGAGACAGAACCUGCGUAGAGGGCUGACCCAGGCUCUGAGUAGAGCUCUGAAUGACACCACUGCCCAGGCUCAGGUGGAGACUGUGUUUGGCUCUCCCAACGUGACGGUGGGCUACCACGUAAUUGGAGCAGACAUGGUGUACCCGCCCUCUGUGGUGGUCGAGGCGCUUCACUCCUACGGCCGGGAUAGGCUGAUGGGUGACGUGCGACAGUUUGUCCCCAUGGUAACGGCGCUGCCCAACACAGCCGCACCAUGGAAACCCAGCCCAGCUAUCAGCCUCCAGCUCAAAACAGUUCUGCGCUUCAUAGGUCCAGGAGAUGACCCGCGUUCCUGUCGGUUCUCGCAGAUGAUGGAACAGAGGCUGGAGAACGUGUUCUCUGAGGCCCAGGCCAAGGUCCUGGACGUCCACACCAGACUCUCUGUCCAGAUGCUGAGUGUGUCUCAGUCAGUGGGUUCUCCUGCUGUGUCUCUGGUCUACAUGGUGAGGAACGGGACCGCCCCUCUCAACGGCACCGCCGCCUCUAACCUCCUGGGUCAGCUGACUGCCGAGAUGGUCGGCUACUUCCUGUUCUACCCACCGCUGGUCAUUGCUGAACCGUUGGAAUACCACAACCUCAAUACCUCCAUCGCUACCAGAGACUUCUGGGUAAUCACAGUCAUCCUGGAUGUGGAUAACUCAUCUCUGAAGAGCCAGUACCAGAGCUUUGCCAGUCUCAUGGAGCAGCGCCUGGCUGAGCUGUUUGUGGUUGCUCGCCAGCAGGGCACUCGCUUCAGGAGAGCCACCACUGUGGACAGCUACACUGUCCAGAUGGUGAGUAUCCAUCGAGUGAUGGGUCAGAAGAACCCAGCAGAGAUGACCUACUACGUUCAGCUGAACGGUCUUCCGUUACUGGGCACGUCAGCCGCCAAGGUCCUGAACACGCUGGACUCUCAGACCAUGGCCCUCACACUGGGUUACUUCGUUCAGCUGCAGGCUGAAUCCGUGGUGAAGAAUCCUCCCAACAAUCUGUGGAUCAUCGCAGCGGUGCUGGCCCCUAUCGCCGUGGUAACGCUCAUCAUCAUCAUCAUCACCGCCGUGCUCUGCCGGAAGAACAAGAGCGACUUCAAAGCCGACGCCAUGGGCAACCUCAACCCCCGUGUCAAGCCUGUCCAGGGGUUUGACUAUGCCAAGCAGCACCUGGGCCGGGUGCAGGGUGGGGAGGGAGAGACCCUCCCCGUGACCCAGGACACCCUGGUGCUGCCCCUGCCCAUCCGGGAAGCCCCCCUCUCCCUCUCCCUGGAGAAGGCCCUGCACCAGGACGGCACCGCCAACAAGAAGACUCUCAACUCGGACAUACGCAAGAGCAGGUUGCCGAGUGAGGACGGUUCCGUCAUCAGCAACGAAUCAGAGAAGCUCAACUCUGGUCGGGGCUCGGCGGCUCAGAAAGUCACAGCACAGCAGAAAUUGACAAAGGAGGAGACACGCAAGAAGAACGAUCCCUACGACACCUCGUUUGGUUCCCUGCAGCUUAUUUCCAUAAAGCCCAUGACUGCUCCGCCCACCUAUUCACACCCCGCCUCCUCUGACCGCAGCCAAGACUCAGCCAUCCUCAAUGGAAAUGGAGAGGUGAACCUAGCUCUGAAGCAGAAGUCCGACAUAGAGCACUACAGGAACAAGCUGAGGCUGAAGGCUAAGAGGAAAGGCUACUAUGACUUCCCCUCAGCGGAUGGCAGCGGGACUGGGAGCAGGGCGCUGGCACAGAGACACGGACAUGAGAGGGCACCUGGAGAGCAUGGCCCACCACUGGAGCCUGAUGAAGACCGGGCAUCCACCUACGUCAAGUCCAGCAGGAGACACUCUCAGGUGAGGCAGCGGACCUAUCGGAGCAGGCAGAGCCUGAACAGCCCGAGUACCGGAGGAACAGAGAUGGACCUGCUGGUUAUGAGGGAGAGACCCAGGAGAGGCAUCAGGAACAGCGGCUACGACACUGAACCGGAGCUGAUUGAGGAGACCAACGUGGAUCGUCUGAUUGGCCCGCGGGGGGGUUAUGUCUGCCCCAGAGGGGUCAAAGGUCACUCAGAGACCUCCACGUUGAGCUCCCAGCCGUCCAUCGACGAGGUACGCCAGCAGAUGCACCUGCUCUUGGAGGAGGCCUUCAGCCUGGCCUCAGGGGGACACUCCUCCACAGCCGGACGCCACCACCACUCCCAUCAUCCCCACCCCCACCACGGUUACCACCACGGCCACUACAGCCCCGGACCUCCACCCCUGCCCUACUCUGACGUGGUGACCAGUGCCCCGGGAACCAUGAGCCGUGGCCGGGGAGGAGGGCUGCAGUGGGUGCCGGCGUACGGAGCAGAUAUGUAUCAGUGCAGCCUCCCCAAACCUGCCUUUAGGUUCACCCAGCUUCCUGACAUGGUUAUGGCCUCUCCUCCACCCCCUAUUCCCCCUCGCACCGGCCCCCCUCCUGGGACCUCUCUAAGACGCUCGUCGCCUGACCUGGGGUCCAAGGCCAGGAUCUCAGAGUCUGGGACCAACAUGACGGACAUGCAGACCCAGCAUAAUGAUAACAGCGCCCCCUAUGUCUCUCUCUCCAGAGCAGCACUCCCCUCAGUCCCCCUCUCUAGAGCAGCACUCCCCUCAGUCCCCCUCUCUAGAGCAGCACUCCCCUCAGUCCCCCUCUCCAGAGCAGCACUCCCCUCAGUCCCCCUCUCCAGAGCAGCACUCCCCUCAGUCCCCCUCUCCAGAGCAGCACUCCCCUCAGUCACAGCAGAACAGCCGGUGUCCACCUACUCAGGAAACCCCAUCACAGCGGUGUACGCCAUCCCAGCCUCGCGGUCGGGUUACUCUGAGUACUUUGCCUCCACGCCCCCGUCCUCCUACCACAGCCCAUCCUGGAUGUCCUACCCCCCCGAGCCUGAGGACGUGCCCCCCCAGUGGGCUGACUCUGUGGCUCUCCCAGGGUACGUGGAGGCCUUCCCUCAUCCCCGCUACCCUCAAGGCAGCUCCCCCAGACUCCCCCUACACUACGGCCAGGCCAUGGAGCCACCCCCCACCACGACCACCACUGCGUCCCAGCAGAGCCUGCCCGAUGCGGGGGAGCCCAGAGACAGAGUCCCACUCAGCAGUCUCUCCACAUCCGCCCUCGUCCAGGCAAUCCGCCAGGAGGUGGCAAAGCUGGCCAAGAAGCAGACAGACAUGUUUGAGUUCCAGGUGUAAUCCCUCCCUCUAGUGGCCCGGGAGGUGGAAUUGCAGCACUCUCUUUUCUGAACAUGCUGUAAAACUAGAGACUAAACAAACUCUCAAACUCAGCUUUUUUGACAUUUGUAUAUUAAGACUGAUAAAAGCCUCUUUCUUUCUAUUUCUCUCUCUCUCCCCCUCUCCCACAUUGCUCUGAUGUGUUUCAUCACCAUGCUGUUAUUUUGGAGUUACUGAAGGGUGAAAGUGUUCUAUCUCAAACUGUCAGUCAUCUCUUCUUAACGAUGUCUCUAUAGUUACAUUACACCACCUGUUCCUUUACAUUGUACAUAUGUCAUUCCCACAUCUAAAGACCUGUAAUAAUGAAAGAUGAGUGUUUCUCUAACCAGGACAGUAACCUUAGCAACCCACAGAGGAGUAUGUCACGACAUCAAUAGAACAAUUGAUGAGGCAGAGAGACUCGUCACAUGUUCAUGCACAAAGGUCCAACCACUUCAGAACAUCAGAAUGAAGUGAUAACGAGCCAAGGGUUUUUGGAGGAUAUAUUGGCAGGGUUGUUGUUAGGCCUGAGACCAAGUCGAGGGCAGGCAGACCGUGCCACUAUAUCCUCCAAACACCGGCUUCGAGGGCAUCACUUUUAUACAAUGUGUUACCAACAUAUUCAAAUAAUGAUUGACAUAUUUUCAUUAAAAAACUGUAUUUUGAUGAAUUUAUUCAUACUAUUACAUGCUUCCACAAGAUAUAGUCCCGACACAAAUCUAGCCGGCUUGUCGUUCAUUCUAUCAGUUUGGUUGCUACAGUAGAGACGCGACACACAGUCGUUCAGUCUUUUUGUUCUGUAUUUAUGGAUGCGACCCAGUCAUUUGUUAUAAAUGUUUUGUUUCCAUACUG